UCCCGUUCAGCAGUCCCUGCCCUGUUUAGGAAGUGAGUCAGGUGAUUGGGGUCUGUCAGAGAGAGAGAGAGGAAGAGGAAGGGGGGGCAAAGGGAGCGACAAUGAGAAUAAACAUCACCUUAGAGGGUCGAUCGGAGGAGGAGGGAAACAGGGCGGGCGCCGUAUCUUGUUUUCAACGAAAAGCAGACUAUUUACGUACAACAGUAUCUCACUCAAGAGAAAAUAUGUUUGGGCUUCAACAAGAUCGACCCAUGAACCCCGUGUUUGGCAAUCAGGAAGCAGGCAGUGGGCCCUCCUCCGUGUGUCUCAUUAGCAACGGCCAGCAGCGGGGGAACAGGAAAUGCGAGAAGGACGGCAACUUCAACUUCCUGGGCCAAGAGAAUGACAUUCUGGCCGGAGACGAGAACCGCAAUCAACUGCGCUCGCGGGUCCAGACUGCACCGGGACGGGACGGGCACUGUGGAUCCGGCGCGCUCUCUCCCCUCUCUCGCCUGCCCUGCUGGAGUCCCCUGGAGCCUCUGCCGGAGAUAGAGAGCGGGGAAGAGGGCAGAGUGCCCCCUGAGGGCGCGGAGGGCAAGAUGGAGGAGGAGACAGGGAGAGGAAGGGAGGAGGAAGAGGAGAAAAAAGUAAUAUUGGAGGCGGAGGAGGAGGUGGAUUACGGGGAAGGAGGAGAGGAAGCCGUCUGGACCCUGCGCGACCGCGAGAAAUUCAAGGCAAGAGAGAUGGAGAAGCACCAGGUCCAGCUGACCAUGUACCGCCGCCUGGCCCUCCUCCGCUGGCUGCGCACGCUGCAGAGCCGCGUCCAGGAGCAGCAGAACCGCCUGCAGUCCAGCUUCGACAUCAUCCUCACACAGAGGAAGGAACUGCUGCGACUGGGCGCUGCCACGGCCAGCCAAUCAUAGAGAGGAGGCAAGGAGGAGUGGAGAGAUGCAGAUGCCUCAGUCAGCCAGUCAGAAUGGGGGAAUGCAAAGGCAGUGUUAUAUUCUUUGGAUAAGUGUUGGCUAAAAGAGCGAUGAUUGCUUUGGGGUACAGUGUAAAAAUGGAAAUCAUUCCUGCCUCUCACUGUGGAGGAGUUUCUCCUCAGAUUUGUUCCAUAUAUUUCUGUUACUCUCUGUGUCAUAUUGUCAUAUUGUCAGAGUUGCUUGUCCAAACCUUUUGGUUUUCUAAGAAUUCUGUUGUUCUUUCACUCUUAAGCCCCCUCUCGCAAUAAUGAGCUUAAAUCUCGAAAUCCUUGAGAAUCAGGGAUGUGGGUUGAAUCACUGUCGAACUCUCCCAGGCUUCCUUCCCUUUGCAUCAUCUCAGUGUGUACAUAAAAUAUAGCAUUGUAUUAACUGUAAUGUCUAUUCAUAAUGUGAAGAGCAAAUAAUUUUAAAGAAUUGUUUAUGGAUAUGGAAAUGUAUUUGUCUCCCUCCUUUGUGAUAUAAUAAAAUAUUGUGUAACUUCUUUA